AUGGGUGGCCAGGUCUCUAAGAUUAUGGGGAAGAUUUUCGGUACCAAGGAAAUGCGUAUUCUGAUGUUGGGUUUGGAUGCUGCUGGAAAGACAACAAUUCUCUACAAGCUGAAACUCACAAACCAGGAUGUGACGACCAUUCCUACCGUCGGAUUCAACGUCGAAAGUGUUACUUAUAAGAACGUCAAGUUCAAUGUCUGGGAUGUCGGUGGUCAGGACAAGAUCCGACCUCUAUGGAGACAUUACUAUUCCGGUACCCAAGGAUUGAUUUUCGUCGUCGACUCGAGCGACACGGCCCGUAUGGAAGAGGCCCGUUCCGAACUUCACAAGAUUAUCAACGACCGCGAAAUGAAGGAUGCGCUGUUGCUGGUGUUUGCCAACAAGCAGGAUAUCCAGGGCCACCUCAACCCCGAGGAAGUUAUCAAUGCGCUGCAGCUCACCCAGUUGAAAGACAAGCUGUGGUAUGUGGCCCCUAGUGUUGCUACUGACGGUACCGGUAUAUUUGAAGGCUUGGCCUGGCUCUCCAACAACGUCAAGACUCCCCCACAGAAAUAA